CAAGAAGUCACCGUUCACCAAUUCGUAUAUAUAUAGCGCCUAUACAGCUGGCCUGAAAUAAUCAUAUACUUGAAAGAAAGAUAAAAAGUUAUUGUCCAUUCAGUGUGAAUCGACAGCGCAACCAUGGUGCAAUCAGAGGAACCGCUUCGGAAUUUGUUGAAGAAAAUCGCUAAAGAACAUAAUUAUGAGAACCCUGAAAUAAUUAUAAAUAGUAUAUCAAGUGGUGGCGCGAACUACACAUCUACACUGUAUACAGCGAUCAUUAAAGCGAAGAAUAAAGAGGAUCUUAAUUUAUUCGGCAAAGUUGCAGCGGUCGGCGAAAAGUUUCGAAGCGAGGCAACCAUAGACUUUUAUGGCAAUGAAAAAUUUGCUUACACAACAUUAUUUAAAAUCUUUGAAGCUUUAGAAGAAGAACAUGGAGUGCCUGAGGAGCACAGAUUGCCGUUCGUCAAGUUCUACGGAUUUGAUGCUUCCGCGCAGUACCUGGAGACCAUGGUGCUGGAGAACCUAAUAACGCAGGGCUACGAAGCUUUCGACAGGUUUAAGUCAUAUGACUGGGAGUACGCUUCUGCCGCAAUCACGGAAUUAGCCAAGUUCCAUGCUCUUUCCUACGCAUUUCAAAAAAAAGAUCCAGAGGAAUUUCAAAAGACUUUAGAUCGUCCAAGCGUAGAUUGGGAAGUUGUUGGUAUAGAAGGAACGAUAAAAAGAUCUACUGCUGUUGCAUUACGCUCCGUUAGACCAGAACAUAAAAAUUCUUUGGAGAAGUUUAUGAGUCGAAACAUAAACGAAUUGUAUAUUGAUUUCUUCAAACCCUCUCGUACAACAGUGAUCACACACGGAGACUUCAGGGGCAACAACUUGGUACACAGAGUGCGGAAGGACGGUAAGGUGGACAUCAAGAUACUGGACCUGCAGACCCUGCAGGCCGGCAGUCCGGUGAUGGACCUGCUGUACUUCAUUUUCACGGGGUCCGACGAGCAGUUCCGCGCUAAGUACUUCGACCGGCUCGUGGAGCACUACUACUCGCAGCUCAGCGCCUCCAUGAGGAGGCUGCACCUCAACCCCCACGAGAUCUUCCCUAAGGAGGACUUUUACGCGGAACUUAAAGAGAAAAUGCCGUACGCGUUGACCUUGUCAGUUUUUAUCUUGCCGAUGAUGACGAUUAACCCUGAGGACGCGCCCAAAGUAGACGAAGAUCUCACAUUUGCAGACUUUGGAGUCGAGAAGACCAGCGACUUAUACAUUAAGAGAAUCAAUGGAGCCAUCGAUGAUUUCGUCAGAUGGGGAGUGUUGAAAUAAAGAUGCAACUAGCUAGAUACUUUAUUUGUACAUGACUGUACAUAGAAUUAUGCAUUUUGUUAUAAAAUAAGUAGUACCUAAUGAGCGCAUCCGGCCG